GAAGAACUAAGAGGGACAUAGUAGCACAUGCGCGAGAAAUUAUUUUUGCCCCGUGUUGUGUAGUUAGUAUCUAGCUCAUAGAUUGUUUUACACCGUGAUUUUUAAACAGUAUUAAUUUAUCGCCAGAAUGAUGUCUGUGUUUGAACGCUCAUUUAUGCUUAUUGUUGUCCUUGUAUCCUGUACGUGCAUUUCGGCAGGAUUUUUACGGAGUUUAAAACACAAAAGUAUUUUCAACAAAAAGCAAAAUUCGGCAGCCUCAAAGCGAUCAUCACCGUCAGAUGUUGGUCCCAAAUUGUUUUUCAAAGGCAGACCUCUCAAGGAGACCGUUGGUGUGGGGCACCUCGAUAGUCUUGUGUUAGAGUGCCAAGCCGGGGGCUCUCCCAACCCAACGAUACACUGGCUCAAGGAUGGCAAACCCAUAGACCAGCUCCAGCAGACAGGAGCCGACCACGAAGACACUGUCGGGCAGGACGGUCUACCUCUACUACGUCUCUCAUCCACCAAGUCGAGGCUCACCAUCAACUGCGUCACCCCGGCAGACGAAGGACUUUACGCAUGCGUCGCGGAAACUAAUUACCAAAGAAUAUCCCAGACGACAACGGUCAAAUUAGAUGACAGCAGCUAUAACGAUUUAGAAGAGUGCGUCGUGAAGAAAGCUUUAAGAGGUGAACCUGCCAAGAUAACGAUGUGGACGUCGACCCGGAUGGAGUUUCAGAAAAACAACGUGCAGAUUUACUGCAGGGCUGACGGCAUUCCGAAACCCAGAGUCCGAUGGUAUGACGUCAGCGGCAAACUCAUCGAAGACGGACGACAUUAUAAAAUUGUAGACAAUGGAGAUUUGAUAAUCAAAAACAUCGGCUGGAUGAACAUGGGAGUUUACACGUGUGUUGCUGAUAACGCUAAUGGUUCGGACAAAAUCGAGACAUUUUUGUACCCAACCUUCAGAGACGACGAUGACGAAGAAGACUCGACUCCUGUCUAACAUUCUUUAUUUGAAAGACACUUUGGUCUUGGCCAAGAUCAAAUUCUUCCGGAAGUGCCAUCAACAAUUACAGGAAGUGGCCUGUGGGCAUCCAUGCCAUCCAUGCAACAAUGCAAUUCUGCUUUCAUCUCCGCAGACGGCUCAAAGGAUUCACAUCUGUUAAACGGAUUCUCUCUGUCUUUGAGUUUGCGUCCCAAGUAAAUGAUGCUAUUAAAUUAUUAUUAUUUAUUUA